AUGGCUGAGUCGCAACACCACCGCCACCACCUAUUUCAUCACCAAAAGGAAGAAGUAAAGCCCUGUGAAGCGGUUUAUUCCGAGACCAACACCUACUACACUGAUGGCUACGGCGGACUCGUUGAAACAACGGAAGUUGUCGCUGCCACCGGAGACACCGUUGAUUAUGAGAAACAAGAGAAGCACUACAAGCACAUGGAGCACCUCGGGGAGCUCGGCACAGCUGCUGCCGGCACUUAUGCUCUGCAUGAGAAGUACAAAAUGGAGAAGGAUCCAGAACACGCACACAAGCAUGAGAUGGAAGAAGAGAUCGCUGAGGCUGUUGCUGUAGGCGGUGGAAUAUUUGCUUUACACGAGCAUCAUGAUAAGAAAGAAGCUGCACAAGAGGAUCAUGGAAAGAAGCAUCACCAUCUCUUUUAA